UCGUGUGCGCUCGCAUAAGUAUUGCGCGUCAUGUGAGUUGUGUUUUGUUUGAUUCUGGAAUAUACGCGAGGCAAACGUGCGUCCUUUACGUGUAUCAUAAAUAAACAACACACAACAACAGCAACUAAAAGUGAACGGAAAGUGAAUGCAGUGAAUGAAUGAGUGAUUUUGCAAUUAUUAUUACUUUGGUGCGCAUUUUCAUUUGUAUAUUUUGCAGAGCGUAAAGCAAGUGCCGUUAAACACCAAAAACCGCCCCGCAAACAAAAACAACCACAGCAAGCACCGCAACAACAACAAUAACAAUACUACACCCCAAAAAUACGCUGUCAACAUCACAGUCGCCGUCGCCGUCGCAGUCGUUGUCAGCGUCGCAGUCGCUGUCAGUGUUCGCUGUUCGCAUUUGGAAAUACAAAUCGUGUUUUGCGCUUUAGCAUUUUGCAGUUGUUAUUUGUUGCUGCCGCUGCUGCUGAUGCCUGUUGUUGUUGUUGCUGUUAGUGUUGUUGUUGUUGUACAUUCGCCAAGUUAUUUACGUCGGGUCGCGCAAACAACAGCAACAACAACAAAAAUUUACAAUUAAAAUUACGCGCGCUACGUCAAAAAGUAUCUGUAAGAUAUAUACACCAAAACACAGAGAGAAAGGGUGACAAAGAGCGAGAGAGAGAAAGAGGAGAGGAAGUCGCACAAUAUGCGCCAAAUUCAACUAAAAUGCAGCAUAUAACGGCUGUAAAAAGUUUUACGAUCCAACCGUAACGUUGUUGCCCCCACAGCCCCCAGCCCCCAGCCCCGUACAUCAUCCGGCAUAAUGCCAGAGACAAAUUAAGGUCGCUUCGUUGCUCCGUGUGGCACACCUGAGAGAGUGAGUGCGGCAAGUGUAUUAGUCUCUUAGCAGCAGCGACAACAACAAACAGACAAGGAUAACCCACCCAUAAAGACCGUAAAACAUUUGGCUCCAAAGCAACAAUAUUGUAACAGUAACAUUUACAGUUAGAGUCGCCGCUACACGCUCGUAAAUUGCAAAACAAAACCCAAACAAAAUCCAAAGCCAAAAACCCAACAACCCAACAACGACUUUCUGUUCUAGCUGCAACCAAAAGCAGCAGCUGCCUGCAGAGAAUAGCGGCAGCAGCAGCAGCAGCAACAGAAACUCAGCAGCAGCGAUGGCGGGAAAUAUUGUCAAAUGGUGGAAGCAUAAGAUACUCGGCGGCUAUAAACAGUUCUCAGUUCAGGAAUGCACCACAGACUCGGAGGAGCUGAUGUAUCAUCAGGUGCGCGCCUCAUCCUCAUGCAGUGCGCCGCCAGAUUUGCUGCUGGUCAGCGAACGUGACAAUAAUAUACAACUCAGAUCACCGGUGGUUAAUAUAAUCACCACGCCUCCGGGCAAUGCAACUGGCCAUCAACUGCAGCAGCAGCAGCAGCAUAAUUAUCAUCAUCAUGCAACCAGGCAACAGCAGCAAUUGCAGCAGGACAUGAGCAGCAGUGGCAGCCACAGCAAACACUUGCGUAUCAGCAGCUCCAAUAGCAAACAUGGCAAAUAUGUAAAUAUGCCACAGUCGUCGCAUCAGCAACAACAGCAGCAGCAGCAGCAGCCGGAUGAGGCAGAUGUGGUGGAUGCGGCAGCGGCAAUGCCAACGUUGCCGCAUGCAACACAUCCGCAAUUCUCGCGGCAUUUACAUCAUCACAGCAAGGAGGAGCGCAUACGUCUGGAGGAAUUUACCUGCGAUGUAUCCGUUGAGGGUGGCAAAUCGUCGCAGCCGCUGCAAUUUUCAUUCACAUUCUAUGAUCUGGAUGGGCAUCAUGGCAAGAUAACCAAGGAUGAUAUUGUGGGCAUUGUUUAUACCAUAUACGAGUCCAUUGGCAAGUCUGUGGUAGUGCCACACUGUGGCAGCAAGACAAUUAACGUGCGACUCACCGUCAGUCCCGAGGGCAAAUCGAAAUCACAGGCAGCUGCCGCAGCAGCAGCAGCAGCAGCGGCGGCGGCAACAGCAACAGCAACAGCAGCGACGGCAGCUGCCACAUGCAACAACAAUAACAACAGCAACAGCAACAACUACAAUAGCAGCAAAUUGAAGAAGCUGCCCACGGGUUUGGCGGCCAUGUCAAAAACAGUGAAUGGCAUGGCGCUAACGACAUCCGGCGGUGCACGCCGCCAGCAUCGGCAUCGACCACGCAAACUGAUUAAAUCCGAUGACGAGGACGAUGACAGCAACAGUGACAAGGAGAAGGAGCUGACAACAGUUGCCGCCGUUGAACAGCAGCCCAGUGGCAGUGGCAACAGUGGCAAGCAGCCAAAGUCUAGAUAUCACCACAAGAACAAUACUAAAUUGGAGCAGUGCUGCAACACGCAACAUACGCCGGACAAUGGCCAUAACAAUACCUGCGAGAAUAUGCUGAAUCUCAAAUGCUGCAGCGGCGCAGCCAACAAGGAUGCCCCCGUCGAUGUGGUCGACUGUCCACAGCGCACGCGACACCACCACCACAACAACCACCACCAGCAGCAGCACCACAGCCAGGAUGUCUACAUGAAGCAGGCAACACAACGCGUCAAGCUGCUGCGGAAGGCACGCAAACAAAAGUAUCAGGAUCACUGCCUCGAAACGCGUCAACGCAGCCUAUCUGUGGGCAACGAUUCCACCUGGCAGAAUCGCCACUUGCAACAGCAACAGCAGCAGCAGCAGCCGCAACAGGUGCAACAGCCGCAGCAGCAGCAGCUGGCUCAGAAGAGCGUCUCAUCCUCGCCACCGUUGGGCGAUGUGAUGCUCGAUGGUGUUCAGUUGCGUCAACCACGCCCACAAUCGUUGCUGGGGCAACAGCAGCGAAAGUCUGCCGAGUGCUGGAAAUCGGCGCUGAAUCGCAACGAUUUAAUUAGCAUCAUCAGGGAGAGCAUGGAAAAAAAUCGCUUGUGUUUUCAGCUAAAUGGAAAACCCCAAGCCAAUGUGAGUCCCAUACGGCAACCGGCAGCACAACAACAACAACAGCAACAGCAACGCCAACGCUGCAAUACAGGCUCGAAAAUCCCGACACUAAUUGCGAAUCACAGUCCGCAGUCCGCUCAGUCGCCGCUCAGCUGCAGUCCGCCCACGCAAUCGCCGCAGCCCAACAACAUCAACAGCAACAACAGCAACAGCAACAGCAACAACAACAACAACAACUGCAACAACAACAGCAGCAACAUCGCAGCCGGACACGAUACGGUCAACAAUAUCAGCAGCAGCAGCAACAACCAAUACAUCCAUCCGCAGCCGCAUAUACCCAUCUACCAUCAGCAGCUGGCCAUUAAUCCGGCCGUUGUUGCCGCACAGCACACUCACAAUAGUGCGCAUAACAAGCUCAAUCUGUGCGGCUACGAUUCGUUUCUGCAUGCAACAAUUUGUGGCGGUGGCGCCACCCAUUCCCCACCAGCGACGCCCAGCAAUGUGGCCACCGUUCAGCCCAUACCCAAGAAGAGUAACAAGCAACAACAGCAGCAGCAGCAGGGUCAGCAGGGUCAGCAGCAGGGGCAAGGAUAUCAGCGAUUGGAGCAACAGCAGCAGCAGCAGCGUAGCAGCAAGGAUUACAAGAACUAUGGCAAUCUCAUCUAUGCCAAGCUCAGCGAGCAACUGCAGCAAAAGGAGCGCGAGCAGCGUCGCCAACGCCACAAGCAACAACCGCAGCAGCAGCAGCUGCAACAGCUGCCACAACAAAAUAAGACAACUGCCUCACAGGACACUUCGCGUCCAGCGACAUCGAGCAGCAGUUCGGCUGGUUCCAAGAUCUUUGGCGAUGCAUUGGAAUGCGCCCAUCUGCUGGCCAGCGAGGAGGAGGAUGAGUUGCUCUCGGCCAGUCCCAUAUUGACGAGCACACCUAGCAAGGUCGUCUCCACGAACACACUGAUCGAUCUGAACGAUGAGGUGGGCGAGGCACUCGCCGAGGCUGUUACCCAGGCCAAGGAUGUGGAUGUGGAUGCGCCAGCUGCCGAUGCGGAUCUAGAUACGAGCGCCUCCAGCUCAAUGAUACAUCGCUAUGUGCACGAGCAUAUACAUCAUCAUUAUCAUCACUUCAAGGAGCAGAACGAUGUCUAAACUAAUUUAGAAACUAUAAAUGUUGCUUAUGUUUCUCGUAUGUUUAAUGUAGCGCAAUUUUGUAAUUUAAUUAGCCAUUUAACAAGAUGAAAAAACACACACACAAAAUCAUCCAAGACGAUAUUAUUUGAUUGUUGUUACACGAGGUUAGGGAAGAGGAUGCCUCGCUGUUUGAAAUACAUACAUAUAUAUAAAUACAUACAUACAUACAAUUGAAUCUGAAUUCCAUGGACAACACUAACAAACUGUAGCUAAAUGAUAAGAUUUUUUGCGCCUUUGCCUUAGCAAUAUUUGAAACAUUUUUAGUAGCCAUCAACGAUUGCUUCGCUUAUGCAAAAACCAGCCUAGCAACAUAUCAUCGCUGUAUGUGUGUAAAAAACAAAAACAAAAACAAAACAAA